AGAAGUAGGUUUAUGUAUAGAAAAAGACUACCAAACCAGUUUUUUUCAUUUUGAAGACAUCCCUUCGGCAUGCUCUCCCCCGGAAUUCAGUCUAAAAUGACUUUAUCAUCCAAUCAGUCAAUCUACAGCAAAUACCUCAACGGAACGAUCAAGAAAGAAAAAUCGAAGGGAUCACUUGGGUGGAUACUUGAUGCGGUCCGUCAAAUGCAAAUGGAAGCAACUCUGCACAGACGGAUUGGAGUUGGUUGUGGUAUGGAGAUCUUUAUCAAAACUCUCUCAGGGAGAACCUUGUUCACACUCGAAGUUGAAAGCUCCGACACCGUCGACAGUGUCAAGGAAAAGAUACAGAACAAGGUAGGAAUACCUCCAGACCAUCUGAGUCUAACCUUUGCCGGUGAGCUGCUCAUUGCUAGCCGCACCUUGGAUUAUUACGAUAUCCAUGAUAAAUCAACCCUGAUGUUGAUUAGACAUGGUGCCAAGGUCUCUGUCAAUAUUCGGCAACUGAAAAGAUUAGACUUCGACUUUGAAAUCUCCGACACCACCGUUGAUAGUGUCAAGGCAAAGAUACAUGCCGAGGAAGGCAUUCCUCCUCACCAGCAAAGACUAUUCUAUAAAGAUGAACUGCUUACAGGUGACCGUACUUUGGCUGGUGAAUCCGUGGGCGGCGGGGAACUAACUAUACACGAACAUCUCAAACGUAUCGGUGAAAAGCAUAUUUGUGUCAAAUUUCUGAAAGAGGAAACAUUCACCUUCUAUAACUCCGACAGCAUUGGCAAUGUCAAGGCAAAGAUAGAGGACGUGGUAGGAGUGCCUCGUGACAAGCAAACUCUAAUCUUUGAAGGUGAAUUGCUCGAGGGUGGCCGCACCUUGGCUGAUUAUCAGAUCCGGAUGGACUCAACCCUGGACCUUAGAGAUGGUAACAUGAAGAUCUAUGUCAAAACCCUGACAGGUAAAGUCUUCCCCCUCUACGUUGAAAGCUCGAAAACCAUUUACGAUGUCAUGGAAAAGAUAAGUGUCGUGGAAGGACUUCCUUCUUACAUGCCAAGGCUAUCCUUUAAUGGUCGACAGCUACAGCGUGGCCGCACCUUAGCUUCUUACAACAUCCCCGAGGAAUCAACUCUGUUCAUGGUGUUACGGCUCACCGGUGGUGCUGUUAUAACCAUCACUAUCGAGCCACUGUUGGGAAAAACCCUGAUCCUCAGGAUUGAACCCGCCAGUAAUCCUGUAACGGAAAUUACACUCCCUUCGCCUACUCUCCCUAGUGGAGUCGACGACACUUGGUCUGCAUGGUUGGAAUAUUUGUUGUCAUUUCUGACCACCAUCAAAGGCUAUUCUGAAAAGUGGGGUCAUCGAAUCUCAUGGGUUUUGUUCAGUCGGACUCGGAAGGUGUAGUACAUUCAGUUUCUAUUUUCUUGUUGUGCUCUCUCCUAACGAGCCUUUAAUGUUUUUGAGUGUGUGUGAUUUAUAAUCUUUUCCCUGUUAUAUGGAUGACAAUCAUUUUGGUUUGUUUUUAUCCUAUACUUCCUCUGUUUCUAGAAAAUCCAUGUUAUAGAAUUUUCAUAUUUUUUAAUAAAACACAUUGAAACUUAGCUAUAAAUGCAUAGUUUUCUG